UCUCUCAGUGAAACUCUUAGAGGACCGUUCCUCACCGUCUCUAACCCUUCACUAACGGAAACGCCAUGAGGAUUUUUCUUUUGGUUCUCGCAGCGUGUCUGCUGGCUCUAACGGAAUCAGCUCGACCUUCCAUUCGGCCUCGAGUAAGAGAACCACAAGUGUAUUACGAAGAAGACAAUCAAGCAGCUGAAGAUGAUUUUGAGACGGUCUAUCAGCCUAGAACACGUGCAUUACCAUCGGCACGUUCAAAGGAGUCUUUGCAACCAUCCAAAGCACCACCCGUGCAAACUAUAAGAAAUUACAACAAGGUCAACGACGAUGGAUCUUUCACGUUUGGUUACGAAGCAGCUGAUGGUUCUUUCAAGGAAGAAACCAGAGGAACGGAUUGCGUAGUAAGAGGGAAAUAUGGUUACGUCGAUCCUGAUGGUAACAAAAGAGAGUUUACCUACGUAUCCGGCAAUCCUUGCGACCCUAACGCACCCAAAGAAGAAGAGGACGAUCUUCCGGAAAAACAAGAAGACGAUGAUCUCAACGGUCCAGCAAAUUAUCCAUCGGUCAGACCAGUCGCGAUCAGACCGAUAAGGCCCAAUUAUCAGUCGAGUACUACACGUGCCCCAACGACUAUUUUCCAAGCACAAUACCAACUUGAUGACGAGGCUAGUCAAGAAUUAGAAGAAGAAGUUCAGAAACCAGUCCAACUUCGACCUACGUCUUUUAGAAAGCCUCAACAAUCCUACGUUCAAGUUUCACCAUCGACCGCCCUUUACGAACCAACGCCAACUAGUGCACCACAAUAUUACAGAUUGGCGUCCACUUCGAAUGUACAAUAUCAAACGACAGCUGCACCUUCGGAAAGAACCCCAUCCACGGUAUCACCGUUAGCUUAUCAAUCGCUCGAGACGAGUACUCGCAAGCCAGUAACUCGUCACCAAGUUCGUCCACAAUCGGUCGCCAUAACGCCCAGGCCCCAUAUUGCCCAGGUAGCCGCUCAGUAUGUUUCCCCAAGUAGCACUGAAAGAUCCAUUCCAUACAGCACGCAAUCACGGCCCAACCCGAGCACCUCGAAUCAUCUUCGCACCAGCACCGGCCCCUCCAGCUCAGCCCACCUCGAUUUUGCCGCGGAAUUAGAGCGUUACGUUAACACCGUUGGUGUUCCCUCCAAAUCUGCCCAACAAGCCGCACUUGCACCCUCGAGAGCGAAGCUAGGUCAAACUACGGUCACCACGGUCCCCGCGGAGCCCAUCUAUCAGUCGGAACUGAUUUACGAUCCCGCAACUGGUCAGUACAAUACCCAACUUUAUCAGACCUUACCCCAAACCAUUGGGGAUUUUAGCCUCAGUCACAAACUCCAACCAUUCGUAGCCCAGCCCCACCAGUCCCUACUCGGCCUCCAGCAGCUGCAACAGAUCCAGCAGCAGCAGCAGCAGCAGCAGCAGCAACCUCAACGCCAGUCGGCCCUUUACAAACAUCUCCCUCAGGCUGUACAAUCUGCUUCCAUCUCGGCUGUGUCCGUUGCUCAACCCCAGGAACUUCUCUAUAGGAAACAACAGACCCAGUUGCUCAUGCAGUCCCAGAAUCUUUAUGCCCAGCAGCAACAACGUCGCCAGCAACAACAGCAACAACAAUCGCAACAACAACAUCAACAACAACCACAGAGACUUCAAUUGUUGGAAUCUCAGAGAGACCCCCAAGCGUUUUAUUACGUUGCACCGGCAAGAUCAUCCGGUGUGGCUGCGAGUGCGCCACUUACUGCAAGUCAAAUCGAUCAGUACCUUCGUUCAGCCAGUUCUGCCAACAACUAUUGAUCAGAACGAGAUAAUUGCUGAUCGUCUCGAUUUUUUAUAUAUAUAAAUAUAUAUAUAUAUAUAUCUACAAUUUAUCUUCAGGGUCCUUUAGAGCGUUAUCGAAUGCAACACGAUAAAUUUUAGUUGCGAAUCUUUUAGAAAGUUAUUCCUUUCGCUACACGUCUGUGAACUCGAUGAUACAGAAAAAAAGGGACGACUAUAGUACAGCGAUUAGUAUAUACACAUACAUAUAUACUAUAUUUAUAUAUUUUCUUUAAACUCGAACGUUGCACCGAUCCUUUUCAAUGAAACUAAAUGCUUUGUGUUCCUAGCUUGUUAAACAAAAAAGAGAAAUAGAAAAAUGAAAAUUAUUACUUAUUACAAUUUCAAGAUUAGAUUGAUAUAAAUGAACGCAUGAGAAACGCGAUAGAGAAAGCAACAUACAUGCAAUUUUCUUUGGCCUAAUCCACCCCACAAUUUCUCGCAAAAUAUUCACCGUUAUCGUGGACCUUUCGACCUAACAGCAAAUCGAUCGAUUAUCCUCGCGAAUAAUCAAGUUGAUUCUUUGGUAUACCGAAUUGGCAUAUGAAGACACGCCAUUUAUUCCAAAACAACUAUGAAACUAUUCGGAAAUUAUUAUUGGUUACCUCGAUGUGUAUAUACAUGUACGUGUUUAUAUUCAACAGUUAACUCAUUAAACAUAGACAUAAAUUCAUACAUAACACACACACAUAUAUACAUUUACACAUACAUACAUGAAUUUAGACAAGCAGUGUGUUCAAUUUGUAUAGUUAAUAAACAUACAUACACGAAUUUACAAGCACACACAUAAAUUCAUGUAUAACACACAUUUAUACAUUUGUACAUGCAUAUAUGAAUUCAAAGAUAUCAUAAUAGGUUACACCUAUCUGAAAAUAUUCCGUUAUCUUACGUAAUAUGCUGAACGAAUUUUGCAAGCUUAUUUCUUUGAGUAGGGGAUAACCGGGGAACGUGCAAAAGAGAAUUGCGAUGUAAGUACUUACUUUACUUUCAUCGGCGUGGUCCCGACUUUAUAGGGACAGACCAUGCACAUUCUACUCGUGGCAAACCACAACUUUCUAUCAAUGUUCUUUCUGUCGUUAGAAACUAUUUCAGUGGUGUAUAUCCAGAUAAUCAUUUUGUUCAAUUAGAAUACGUAAGAAUUUACACCAUCAAAUAUUUUGAAAUUGAACACUCGUCUCUAUUAGUUCAACAAAAGAACAUACAUUUUUAAAAAAAUAUAAUUAUUUUGCCAAAUGUUAAAUUAAAAUGUGAAUGAUAUUUGCAUCAUCGAAUAGUUUUUAAUUUAACAAUUGUUUUUACGAGUUCAAUAGCAAAGACGACAAUGUUUUAAAUAAUUAUUUAUAUUUUCUUUAAAAGGAUCGGUCAACAACGAUGGGCUCGUGGCAACAUUUAAAUAUUAAUAAUAUUAUUAAUGUUAUUAUUAUUAAUAUUAUUAUUACUAUUAUUAUU